AUGCGAGAUGCAUCGAGUGUGGGGAAGGCUUGGACUGCCCAGCGCUCGCCACGCUCCAGGGACUUCGGUCCGGCAGCUCGAACCUGGGCCCACAGUGUGGCGAGCAUCCUUCCCGGAUUCUACAGCAGCAUGGCGGAGCCGCUGGACCUGUAUCGCUGCGUCGAGGCCGCUACAGGCAUGCGCUGUCCGGGUGGCAUGCCCGCAACUUGUACGGGACUACUGAACAACACGGCCUGCACCGAUUGCCCCAGCGGAAGGCACUGGGACAGGUCUGAGGGACAGUGCGAGGAGUGCACGCCCUGGCAGCAACUAGGUUGGAUCCUCGCAGUCGCAGUGUUUUUGGCUGGCCUGGUCAUGGUCUACUACAUGAUGACUGCUCAAAAAACGGCCAAGGCCUCCGUGCUCUUUACAACGACAUGUGCCUUCGGGAUGACCAUCUCGUCGCUACAAGCCGUCGGCAUCAUUGGGACGAUGACCGUUCGAGUACCUGAAGGUUUGAAAGACAUCUAUGCAUUUCUUCAGGUAUUUCUGCUGGACUUUGAUAACUUUGCUUUCACCUGCGUCGCAGGUGGUUCGGCCCCCGCUCGCUACAUCGUGUCGGUCCUUGUCUUCCCGGGUGCUGUGUGCUGGCUCGUGAGCUGCCACUACACAUCGAAGCUCCUCCCCAAGAGGCUCCGCUGGGAAGGCAGCAAGACGAAAAGCACGAUUGGAGAUCACGCCGUCAUGCUAGUCUGCGGCCUGUUGCUCCUCUUGGUGGGCGUCAUGGGCUUCCUGGCAGUAUGCACCUAUGCCGUGAUCGUGGUGCCGAGAUGGAGCAGGAAUGGGCUGCACGCCAAUGUGAAAGCCUUCAGAUUCCUCCUUUUCCGCUUUCGGCUGGACUCCCGGUGGUUUGGAGUGCUGUUGCUGUUACGGGGUCCACUGAUGUCGCUCCCGAUCGCGUUGGCGACGGACUAUCCGCCUGUCCAG